AUGGCGGACAAAAGCGCUCGACGUAAAGUCGGUGUCGGUGUUGGGGUGUUUAUAAUCUCAUCUGAUCACCCUAACUGUGUCAUAGUUGGACAGAGAAAAGGCUCAUCAGGAAGUGGGAAGUAUGGGUUACCUGGAGGACAUUUGGAAUUUGGUGAAGAAUGGUCUGAAUGUGCAGCAAGAGAAACAUUAGAGGAAACCGGACUGAAGAUUAAGAAUGUUUCAUUUGGAACUGUAGUAAAUGCAGUCGUUCCUGAAGAGGAUUACCAUUACAUAACAAUUUUCAUGAAAGGAGAAAUUGAUAACAGCCAGGCAAAAGAACCAAAGAACCUGGAACCAGACAAGUGUGAAGGUUGGGGUUGGUAUGACUGGGACUCAUUCCCUUCUCCACUCUUUGAACCUCUCAGAAUAGCAAGACUACAGGGAUACCAACCAUUUGACGAUGAAAAGCAUGGUCACAUUGACUCUGCACUGUUUAGCAUUUGUUCUAAUUAGAACCAUACACAAUGUUCAUGAUACAAGAGACAUCAAACACUGUGUUUUAGUUAAUAUCAUCAGAUGCAGAGAUGAAAUUUCAAAAUUAAAAACAACUUAAGUAUAAAGAUUACAUUCUUAAAAAGAAAAAAGAAAAUGACAAAACUAUUGCAAGGAAUAGUCUCCAGGACUUGAGUAAUAAAUGAAUCUAAGCUCAAUACAAGUUAUUUUUGUAAGAAAAUACCAUCACUUUUUAAGAUAAAGGCAAAUUCAAUUUGCACAUAAGCACUUUCUCUGUUGACAUUUUUGUGGAAAAAUUAUCUGAUUACCCUUACUACCAGUAGAGUCUUUUACAAUCUUGGCUCUUAAGUUCAAAAUAAUUGAGUUGAAACUUAAUUGUUGAGUACUACUCCUCAGCACAUUUUUCAAACAUUCUGUGUUAAUAUUAGAUAACAGGCUUUGGAUAAUUUAGAAGUUUUUAACAUUGCCAUAAAUAA